GAGUUCUUUUUUACGUGAACCAGACUAUGAAAACUGAAAAAGAUGGCUGACAUUUCAGACGUCGCUGACAGCUUAGUGCUCCGGAGAAUCCGGCCUGGCACGAAAUUUGAGGAUUUUCACAACUGGCCAGACCAGUCUUUUGAAGAGAUGGACAGCACUUUAGCCGUCCAACAGUACAUCCAACAGAAUAUUCGGAAUGCCAUCAAGAACAUUGACUUCAUCUUGGAGGCACCUGAGGGUCAGGAUGAAGGAGUCUGGAAGUAUGAGCAUCUAAGACAGUUCUGCCUGGAGCUAAAUGGAUUGGCAGUCAAACUGCAGACUGAGUGCAAUCCAGACACAUGCACCCAAAUGACGGCAACAGAGCAGUGGAUAUUCCUAUGUGCAGCUCACAAGACACCCAAAGAGUGUCCUGCCAUUGACUACACAAGACAUACCUUGGAUGGAGCAGCGUGUCUACUCAACAGCAACAAGUAUUUCCCUAGCAGGGUGAGCAUCAAGGAGUCGUCAGUAGCCAAGCUAGGAUCAGUCUGCCGUAGGAUAUACCGGAUAUUCUCCCACGCUUACUUCCACCACAGGGUGCUGUUUGAUGAAUAUGAGAAUGAGACUUACCUGUGUCGUCGCUUCACCACGUUUGUCACCAAGUAUAACCUGAUGUCUAAAGACAAUCUCAUCGUGCCAAUCUUGGAGCAGAAUAAGACGGAGCUCGAGAUAGCUGAACCCCCCUCGGAAUCAUCCGCUUGAUGACUGUCUUAUAACUACCCCAAAUUUCAAGCACAAAAUAACUUAUAUUGUCUAAACAUGGGCCCACUUUGACAGCGCUUCUAAACAUUUUAAACAAUUCACGAGAAGUAUCAAUUGCCUAACAUUUUGGCCAGUUUUGUGUUGAGUAUCUAUAUCCUGAGGAUCUCCACGAUAUUGGACUUUAGUCUCAGGCUUUUCUCAUCCAAACACUUGACCCAUACAAAUAUCUGCAUCAUUCAAAUACAAAUUGACCGCAUCUAAUAUAUUGUGAUCCAAAUUUGAGAACAAUUAUCUGCCAAAUUCAGCAAAGCACACAGGAAACUUGCAAGCAAUGGCAACCUUUCACUUGAGCUAAACCAUUUUUUUCUAAAUUUGAGUUCAUGACCAACAAGUCCUGUCAAAGCCGUUCUGGAAACUGACAAUAGAGAGGUUUCGCAUGCAAACGGAUACGUUUAGUGCGAUGGAUACGUCAUCAGUUAUGACGUCGUACGCCACUCACUAUCUGCUAAACGUGCAGACGACACGCAUAUCUCGCUCGCUACAUGUAAGUAAAAAACGGAUACGGAUAGCUAAACGUAAGUGUCAGCGUAUCCGUUCGCUUGCGAAACCUCCCUAAAAAGUGCAUCCUGUACAUACAUGUAUAAUUAGUGAGGACUUAGAAAUGAUACUGGAAACCACCAGUACAUGUAGAUUAUGUAUCCUGUCUUAGAAAUUAGCCAUAAAAGACAAGGAGAUACAUUUUGCAUUCGCAUGCCAGUAUUUUACUCGAUUAACCAGUUCGCGUCGGAGGACAUGAUAAAAUACACGGUUUAAACGUCAAGAUUGCUUCGACUCGCCUUUGGGUGACGUCUAAACACGCUAAUCCCUCGUGCCUUUGGUACACACACACAAAAGUCAGUUUGUGAAGUCUGUGGAGGCGAACCGUGUGUUGAUAUUGAAUCGGCUGUUGUGCACGGCCUAUUGUUCGACAAUUUACGCUCCAGUAUACACCUCGGAGUAUUGAAAAAUAUGAGGUCUCGGCAAGAAAUAUACAGAUACUGUUGAAAUGACUCUUGCAAAUCAGUAUUUGUGGCGUUUUGCUGUAUAUCAGAAGUUGGCUGGAAUAUUUUGCCUUUUGCAAAAAAUAGAGAUAUUCGGCAAAAAUAAUCCCGGCGCGAACUGGUUACGACACAAACACCUUCAUGGCAAAUUGGCAUCUUAUUCUGUAAGAGUGUGUAAAACUUUGUUUAACUGUCAAACCUUGUCAUCUUUGUGAACUGUAUAGAGUGUGUUAUUUAUUUGACCUUUUUUUUUAGCAAUAAAUAAACAACAGAGAUACUUGUUGGUACUAUA